AUGGUCUUUUGUUCGUUCCUUUGGCUCCUGGUGCUUUUCCUUCUCCACAAAACUCUUCUUGGACAUGCCUGGGCCUUGAACAAUUUUCUGAUGACUGGACCAAAGGCCUAUCUGACGUAUGCUAGUAGCGUGCAAGUGGGCGCGCAGAGCGGGAUCCAGGAAUGUAAACACCAGUUUGCUUGGGACAGGUGGAACUGCCCGGAGAGUGCGCUCCAACUGUCAACUCAUAAAGGCCUUCGAAGCGCUACGAGCGAGACUUCUUUCGUGCACGCGAUCAGUGCAGCAGGUGUCAUGUACACACUGACCCGCAACUGUAGUCUCGGGGACCUGGACAACUGCGGCUGUGACGGCUCGAGAAAUGGUCAAAUUGGAGGGCGUGGGUGGUUGUGGGGCGGCUGCAGUGAUAACUUGGACUUUGGGGAAAGGAUGUCAAAACAGUACGUGGACGCGCUUGAGACUGGCCAGGACUCACGGGCGGCUGUCAACCUUCAUAACAACGAGGCCGGUAGACUGGCGGUGAAAGCCACCAUGAAGCGCAUCUGCAGGUGCCACGGUAUGUCUGAGAGUUGCUCCGUUCAGACCUGCUGGAUGCAGCUGUCUGACUUCAGAGACAUCGGCAACUACCUCAAAAUCAAACACGACCAGGCGCAGAAACUGGAAAUGGACAAGAGGCGGAUGAGGUCGGGGAACAGCGCCGACAACAGGGGCGCCAUUGCGGACGCGUUCAGCAGCAUCGCCCGAACGGAGCUCAUUUACCUGGAGGAAUCUCCAGACUACUGCAGUCAGAACGCCAGCCUGGGCCUUCACGGUACUGAGGGCAGGGAGUGCCUGCAGCAAGGCGAGGGCUUGAACCAGUGGGAGAAGAGGAGCUGCCGCCGGCUGUGCCAUGAGUGUGGCCUGAGGGUGGAGGAGAGGCGGACAGAGAUAGUCAGCAGCUGUAACUGUAAGUUCCAAUGGUGCUGCACGGUCAAGUGUGAGAACUGCUCUCAAGUGAUGGUCAAACACGUGUGUGCCAGAAGAGAGGGAGGCCACGGACACAACUACAGGAGGAGAUACCGAGGACCUAAAUGAAUGAAUGAAGAGAGGGAGGCCACGGACACAACUACAGGAGGAGAUACCGAGGACUUAAAUGAAUGAAUGAAGAGAGGGAGGCCACGGACACAACUACAGGAGGAGAUACCGAGGACCUAAAUGAAUGAAUGAAGAGAGGGAGGCCACGGACACAACUACAGGAGGAGAUAUCGAGGACCUAAAUGAAUGAAUGAAGAGAGGGAGGCCACGGACACAACUACAGGAGGAGAUACCGAGGACCUAAAUGAAUGAAUGAAGAGAGGGAGGCCACGGACACAACUACAGGAGGAGAUACCGAGGACCUAAAUGAAUGAAUGAAGAGAGGGAGGCCACGGACACAACUACAGGAGGAGAUACCGAGGACCUAAAUGAAUGAAAGAGGGAGGCCUGUGGUUUUAUUCUAUGCAAACUAUUAUGAUGGCAAAUGUUAAAUCAUGAGUUUUUGUCUUAUUUCAAAUCUAUCUUUAUUCACAAAGACUGUCCUCCACGUGAUUAUGUGAAAUGUUCUGCACUUCCCCCGUCACCCACCCAAGUUUGUCUUAUUGUAGGUCUAUAUCGAUGUAAAUUAUAUAUUUAUGUAUGUGACUCAUUGGAAAUAUUUAAUAAACAAAUAUAAAAUAUA